AUGGCCUCGAGGACACCGCCGUUUCUGACAAACACGUAUGAUCUGGUUGAUGAUGAGAGCACAGACAGGAUCGUGUCCUGGAACCAAACUGGAGAUGCUAUUGUUGUUUGGGACACUGCUGAGUUCUCCAGGGAUGUGCUGCCUAAAUACUUCAAGCACAACAACUUUUCUAGUUUUGUGCGCCAACUUAAUACCUAUGGUUUUCGUAAGAUUGUGCAAGAAAAGUGGGAAUUUCAGAACGAAAAUUUCAAGAAAGGCGGUAAGGAGCUUCUACCCCAAAUUCGUCGUCGAAGAAUCGAAAGCCCUUCUCCAACUUUGACUGUUAACGCCGGAAAUUCAGGCAGCCCUGCCGCCGGUCAAAUAACUCCGGCGAACUCCGGAGGGGACCUAGUCUCCGGCUCAACAUCCCACCCCUCUCUCCCAAAGAACAGCGUGAUCAUCGACUUGGCAAUGGUACACCGGUAUGAAGCGAUAUCACAAGAGCACGAGAGGCUCAAAAUAUUGUAUGAGCAAGUGUGUUCUGAACUCACUGAGUCAAGGAUCAAGUGUGACGAGCUGACUGGGAUUCUGCUUCAGCAGAGAGAAGUGGGGCCGGAGAUGAAAAGUCAGAGCUGUGGGUCCAAUGCUGGUGCUGUUUGUCUUGGUGACAAGGGCAAAAGUGUAAAUGAUGGUGAGGAAAAUGAUGACGGGGACUUCAAAGAUGUGAAGAUUUUUGGGGUGAUGCUGGAACAGGAAAAGAAGAAAAGAGCCAGAGAUGAAAUUUUUGAUUCUCGUGGGGGUGGUUCCGGUAACAAGGAAAGGAAGACGGGAGAAGCUGAAGCAGCUGAGGGGAUAAAAGUUGGGACAUCCUAGGUGGCCAAGAGGUGAUCAAACGUGUUCUCAUGGAGAAACACAAGUUUUUUUUUAGCAUAAUUCUAGGAAAUAAAAAUUUACAGGCACAGGAAGUGUUAAAAGGACCGGUGGUUUUUUUUAAUUUUCAUAUUUCAAACUAUUUUUGAACUCAGAGCAGA